AUGUCAGAAGAUAUGUCCUUCAAAGCCGCUGAUUGCGAGAAAUUCAAAGGGUGGUUAAAAAAGUGGCAGCAGGCACGAAUACCGCUCCUGGCAUGUCUCUUCAUUGAAAUCCUCAGCCCUGGAAAGGUGUUGUCGCUAGCAUUCCAAGAUGAAGAUAUUGAUACAGUUUCCUCACUGUUGCGACUGGAAACAGCUAAAAAGCAGUUUAUGCGAAUCGAGAAGAAAGAAUUUGAAGAUCUUCCGACCGUUUCACGCUUUCUUGACAAAGUUGAAGAGUCAAAUGAAGCAUUUUCGUACCAGAAUGUGGUCCUGAAGUCCUUCGAAAAUGCAAAAGAGUCUGCAAGAAAAUUGAAGAAUGUACUAUUGGCGAAAGUCAAGCAAGCCGUAGAAGCAAGGUUGGAGUUUGGAGAGAACAGACUGGUCAUCUUUGCUUGUACCGUUUUGAAUACUGAAGGGUGGGAAAGAAUGGAUGAAGAAGGCGAAAAGGAUCCUCUAUUCGCAGAUGAAUGUGUGACUGAACUCUAUAGCCACUGCCAGAACCCCCUUUCCAAUGCUGGCUUAGAUGGGUCUUUAAGUGAUUUGCUGGAGCGGUGGCACAGUGUAAUCGAAUACACAACACACUAUCUCAGCCCCUCAACAACACCUUACUUAUGUGUAUGGAGACGAAUCUUUGAUUCAAGUCGGAGCGAAGGUUGGAGUAUGGUAUUGCUCUUGGCGGAACUAUUGUUCUCAAUCCCCAUCUCCAAUGCGAAGGUUGAAUGGUUGUUUUCGUUGAUGAAUCGUAUCAAAACAGAUUCCCGUGCAACACUCGGCGAGAGUACUCUAAACAGCCUGAUCAGAAUUAGUAUGGAGGGCCCAAAGUUUGAAGAAUACGACCCCACGUCAGCAAUCCACUUGUGGGCAGAUAUUACUACACGACAACCUCACCAGAAACGACGUAAAAAGUACAAGCACAAAGAUUCUUCCAAAAAGAGAAAAGUGUUGAUUGACGAUUCAUCCACGGAAGAGAGUGCAGAAUCUGAGGAGAGUAGUUGA